AACACUAAAAAACCAACCAACCAUAAAGACAGAGAAAGCAGCAGCAGGUGAGCCUGUGCCCUAGGGCCACAGGCUCCCUACUGGGGCUCUGAAGCCCUGGGAGGCGGAGCUGGUUGCCAAGGCCUCAGGUGUAAUAGAUCCGGAAGCAGGAAACAGGCUGUGAGCCGAGCUCGGGAGGAGGGUGCACCAGGUGGGUGGCUCUGGCUGGAAUGAGUCUGUCCAUGGAGGAGCUGGAGGCCACAGCUCAGGAAGUGCUGGGGAGAUUGAAGAGCCACCGGCUGUUCCAGUCUGAGUGGGACACUGCUGCCUUUGUGGUCUUUCUUACUUUUGUGGGCACCGUGCUGCUCUUGCUGUUGCUGGUCAUUGCCCACUGCUGCUGUCACUGCUGCUGUUCCUCCAAGCCCCGGAAAGGGAGACCCGGGAAGGAAAGGCUCAAGGGAAUGGAUAACUUGGCCAUGGAACCCUGAUGUUAGUCCCUUGGCAUGUGUCCUGGUGCCAAACAAAGCUUAUCUGCUGUGA